AUGUAUCCUAACAUCUCAUAUGCGCUUCUGUCGGCGGCGCUCAUCGUGCUAAGUACGGUGCAUCUCAUCUUGCUUACCGUUCACCGCCCCCAGCCUCACCGUUCGCCUGAGAUAUCAAUCUUUGUUCUCUUUAUCUGUGUCAAUGCCGUUGUCAUUGGUGUUAGUCUAUCAGGCUUAAGGCACGGGGAUACGCCAGCAUUUUACUAUCCCCUGGCAAUAUGUACAGCAUUUCCGCUAGCCCUUGAGAUGAUUCGGCUGAGCAAAAUCCAGGCCGGACCACUUACGGACGCCCUCCUGCAUCGAUUAUUUUUAGGCUCGGUCGCCUAUGAAGCGUUGGUAAAAGGUACAGCUGUGGCUGUAUCUAUCGACUACACGGUCCUCGCGAUUGCCGGUCUGCUUUUUUGGUGCGGAAUUCGCGGUAUACCAUCUCAGGGGUCUAUUAUCUGUGAAGUUGCAAUCCAUACACUUCUCGUUAUCAUAACGGCAGGGUUUGCUGCAGGUGGACUUGUCCACGACUGGCCCCUCUGGAUCGAAGUAAUGUUGAUUAUCACUAUUGGUGCCUAUCUGGCUCGAAAUAUUCCCACCCUGUCUGGCGAGCCGGGGAACACAGUGCCGUUACCGAACCCAGACGACACAUCCAAUCUAGACCAGCUCAGGCCCCACCAAGAAAAUCGUUCUGCUCACCUCCCUUUCAUUCCAAGCCGUGAUAGGGCCAUGGCGAUGAUAAAGACCGUAGUGGGGUUUGGCACCGGGGCCACAUCAAUGACCGAGGACUACACACAACUAGACGAGGUUGGGACGGCUCGCCCUGAAUCAGGACAUUUGAAAAUUAAGGCGGUGAUCUCAAUUUACUAUCCAGAUCUGCCAAUCUUGAGCACGGGGAUAUUUACUCUUCAGAAUAAGGAUAUUAAAGCUAAAGGCUCGAGCACAAAUAUCUUCAGACCUUAUAUGAUAUUCUUCACUUCAUGGUCUGGUGAAGGUACAAUUGAGUACACAAACGGUUUAGACACAGCAGCAAGCAAAGUAAUUCUGGGUUUGAGAGAGAUGGACAAAGAUUUGACCUCGGGCCAGCAAGUACGGAAAAGAGCAAGCACUGAUGCGAUGCGAAAAAAUGCAGAGCCCAACAAAAGAACCAACAGAUCUCAGGAUCAAGAUGACAACCAAAUCACAGCACAUGAUCUAUUGAACAAAAUACAGGGAAAAAGCCAAAUCAAGGAAGGAUAUGUUCAAAAAGCAGUUCGCCAACGUCUGAGACUCUACUGCUGCAGAUGUGAGGAGGAUGUUAGUGGUGGGGGGGGAAUGUCGACGAUGUGGCCAUGCAUCGUGUCCGGAGUGCUUGCACGAAAGGAGACUGUGUGGGGAAAAAAGAUCAGUUGA